GCUCUCUGAUCAGUAUACGUAUCUAAAUAAUGUUUAUUAGAGCUGAUUUCCUCUAUUCUGUUUAUUACAAUACGUAUACAGUACACUACUGUAUAAACAUUUAAAAAUACAAUGUACAGUGGACCCCCGCAUAACGAUUACCUCCAAAUGUGACCAAUUAUGUAAGUGUAUUUAUGUAAGUGCGUUUGUACGUGUAUGUUUGGGGGUCUGAAAUGGACUAAUCUGCUUCACAAUAUUUCUUAUGGGAACAAAUUCGGUCAGUACUGGCACCUGAUCAUACUUCUGGAGUGAAAAAAUAUCGUUAACCGGGGGUCCACUGUAUACUAAAAAUGUUAUAAAUGGUGCAAAGGUGACAUUAAAACAUUAUCAAAGAUGGUUAACACUAACCCACCGCCAUUAUAGUACAGUGGUCCCUCAAUAAUCGUCUGGCUUGAAAGUCAUCCAUUUCAGAAAUAGUCGCGUUAUUUCGUCUAAACAUUGGCUCGCAAAUGGUCCGUUAACUCGCUAAUCGUCUUUCGUCCUGGACGUGUACUCACGACUCUGAGCCGCAUCUGCCUCCCUUCCCAGCCAGUGUGCCAUUGUUUACCUGUGAGCAACGGUCCUCUCACAUGUUCAUACGAAAUAUUUCAUUAUAUUCCAUUCACUUUAGUGCUUGCAAGUGCUAAAUAAGCUACCAUGGCUCCAAAGAAAGCUCCUAGUGCCAAGCCUUUGGCAAAGAAGGUGAGAAAUACGAUUGAAUUUAAGAAAAACAUCAUUGAACAAUAUGAAAGUGGCGUACGUGUGGGCAAACUGGCCAGGAUGUACAGUGGACCCCCGCAUAACGAUUACCUCCGAAUGUGACCAAUUAUGUAAGUGUAUUUAUGUAAGUGCGUUUGUACGUGUAUGUUUGGGGGUCUGAAAUGGACUAAUCUACUUCACAAUAUUUCUUAUGGGAACAAAUUCGGUCAGUACUGGCACCUGAACAUACUUCUGGAGUGAAAAAAUAUCGUUAACCAGGGGUCCACUGUAUAACAAAUCCCGUACAACCAUAUCUUUCAUCAUAGCCAAGAAAAAGGAAAUCAAGGAAGCUGUUGUUGCAAAGGGGGUAAAUAUGCCGACAAAAAUGAGAUCACCAGUACUCGAAGAUGUUGAGAAGUUAUUAUUGGUGUGGAUAAACGAAAAACAAUUAGCAGUAGAGAGUCUUAUGACGUCGAUUAUUUGUGAAAAGGCUAGGCAGUUGCAUGACGAUUUGGUAAAGAAAUUGCCUGCAACUAGUGGUGAUGUGAGUGAAUUUAAGGCCAGCAAAGGCUGGUUUGAGAGAUUUAAGAAGCGUACUGGCAUACACAGUGUGAUAAGGCAUGGUGAGGCUGCCAGUUCGGACCAAAAAGCGGCUGAAAAAUAUGUGCAGGAAUUCAAGGAGUACAUAGAGGCUGAAGAACUGAAACCUGAACAAGUCUUUAAUUGUGACAAAACAGGCCUCUUUUGGAAGAAAAUGCCAAAGAGGACCUACAUUACUCAGGAAGAAAAGGCACUGCCAGGACACAAGCCUAUGAAAGACAGGCUGACGCUCAUAUUCUGUGCUAAUGCCAGUGGGGAUUUCAAAGUGAAGCCGUUACUAGUGUACCAUUCUGAAAAUCCCAGAGUGUUCAAGAAAAACAAUGUUAUGAAGAGUAAAUUGUGUGUGUUUUGGAGAUCUAAUAAUAAGGCAUGGGUCACAAGGGAAAUUUUCGUUGAGUGGUUCAAUGAAGUGUUUGGCCCUAGUGUGAAAAAUUACCUCCUGGAAAAGAAAUUGUAUCUCAAGUGCCUCCUAGUAAUGGACAAUGCACCUGCUCAUCCUCCAAACUUGGAUGACCUAAUUCUGAAGGAGUUUGGGUUCAUCACAAUAAAGUUCUUGCCCCCAAAUACCACUCCUCUCCUCCAGCCCUUGGACCAGCAGGCUAUUUCAAACUUUAAAAAACUCUACUCCAAAGCAAUGUUUGAAAGGUUCUUUAAUGUGACAUCAGACACUCGCUUGACCCUAAGAGAUUUUUGGAAAGAACACUUCAGUCUCCUCCAUUGCAUAAGCCUUAUAGGUAAGGCUUGGGAGGGAGUGACUACCAGGACUUUGAACUCUGCUUGGAGCAACUUAUGGCCAGAUUGUGUCCACAGGAGGGAUUUUGAAGGGUUUGAGGUGGCCCCUGAUGAGCCUAUGUCAGUUGUGAACUCUAUUGUGGCACUGGGGAGUUCCAUGGGGUUGGAUGUGAGUUUGGAGGAUGUGGAAGAGUUUGUGGAGGACCACAACGAAGAGCUAACCACUGAGGAACUGCAAGAGCUUCAGCAGGAAGAGCAACAGAUCGCAGCUCAGAAUCUUGCUGCAGAGGAGGAGGAAGAGAGAUGGAAGAAGGUGCCUUCUUCAGAAAUUAAGGAGAUUUUUGAAAUGUGGGGUAGGAUGGAAAGAUUUAUGGAGAAACAUCACCCUGAGAAGGAUGUUGCAAGCCAUAUCGGCAACUUGUACAGUGACAGAGUCUUGGCCCAUUUUAGGGAAGUUUUAAAGAGACACCAGAAACAAGCUCUCUCCACAGUUUUUUUACGAGACAGGACUCCAGUGACUCUCAAGCUGGUCCUAGUGGCAUUAAGAAACAGAGAAGAGAAGUAACCUCAGAAAAGCACUUGGUACCUGAGAUGUUAAUGGAAGGGUAUUCCCCUUCCAAACAGUAAUUCAAUCUCUCUCCUCCUCCAGUCUUCCAUACACUAAGAAGAAUUGCCAAUAAAGGUAAGUGUUAUGCUGUUAAUGUUUCAUUCAUCAUGUCCCAUUGUAUUAUUUAUGUACUACAUCUAUAUUUCAUGUAAAAAAAUUUUUUGUUUUAAUACUUCUGGGUGUCGGGAACGGAUUAAUUGUAUUUACAUUAUUUCUUAUGGAGAAAAUUUAUUCGAAAAUCAUCUAUUUCAAUAAUAGUCCCACUUCCAGGAACGGAUUAAGGACAAUAAUUGAGGGACCACUGUAUGUUGCUUGCUUAGCGACAAAUUUGUUUACUGCUGUGGUCUUAGGGACAGAAUGCCAUCGUAAAGUGAGGAGAGGUAGUAUAACAUAAAUGUGUGUAAGUUUAGGAAUUUGAAUGAAGGUAUAGUGUGUUGCCUAAAAUUCCGGUUUGUGAUGGUUCUGAGAGUUUCCUUUAGUUGUGUGAUAAUUGAUUUGAGGUGGAUACCUGAGGCACAAUCCCAAGCACAAAUUCCAUAAGUGAGGUAUGAGUAAAUGAGGGAGAAGUGCGAUAGUGCUUUAGUAACGCAGAUUAGAGAAUAUAAAAACAAAUUUUGGAGAGUAAACCUGUAGUUUUUUCUUUGUAAAUGAGCUGGAUAUGAAGUGUAAAUUUCAAGUUAUUAUUUACAAGGAGACCUAGGAACUUACCCUCUAAUUGUGGAUAUUGUUUAUUCUCAGAAGUUAUAUAGAAUUUUUUUUAUAUAUAUUGAGGGUGAGCAUUUGUCAUUGUCUAGAUGUAGACUUUUUAGUUCAUCAUCAGCUACUAUAUAUUGUUUAAAUUCAGAGGGUCAGAGCAAAGAUUACUUAUUUUAUGCUUUUACUCUCAUGUAGUUCUUCCAUCUGUGGCCAACCUAGCUAGUUCUGCCAUCUGAGGCAAACAUUGCUAGUAAAUAUCUCUAGUUCAUCUCCCUCUUCAACAGAGUGAAAUUGUUAAGCUCUAGAGGGAAUAUCCAUCACAUCCAUGGUGGACAGAUAUAUCUGUGGUCUUGAGUAUAGAGUUUAUGAAACAUUUUUGGCUAUAAACAAAUUAAUAUAGACAAGAAUAGGUCUCUGCCAUGAGAGAGUAUUACACAGAUAAUUGGAUUACAUAAGGCAGGCCAGGUGGGGGAAAUAGUUGAAGGCAACGACAUGUGCAAGGGUUCAGUGAGGAGGUGAUUGUGUCAGUUCCAUGAGGAUGCGCACGCUAAAAGCAUGUCCAAGAAAGCCUUGAAAGAUUUCCCCAUAUACAUUAACUGUAAUAGAGAGAGAGCCUGAGAUCAAACCCAGAGUGACUUCACAGGAGAUUAAGGAAAAUAAUCUAGAACUAUUUUAUAAUGUGUUAAUUAGAGCUUCUUUUUAGUAAGCCAUACAGGAAAAGGGAUUACUAGCCCACUUCCCCAGGGAUAUGAAAUAAAAAGCACUAAGAACAAGAACUAUUAAGAUAAAAUCAAAGAAAACUCAGAUGAGUGUGUAUACAUAAACAUGUACACAUGUGUGUUGUGUGACCUAAGUGUAAGUACUAGAAGUAGCAAGAUGUACCUGAAAUCUUGCAUGAUUAUGAGACAAAAAAAGACACCAGCAAUCCUACCAUGAUGUAAAACAAAUACAGGCUUCCUUUUUACGCUCGCUUGGUAGGACUGUAGUACCUCCUCGAAUGGUUGCUGUCUACCAGCCUACUACUACUGUGAGCAGGGUAAUAUUUAGUGAAAAGAUUCAGGGAAACCAAUUAUUUUUAUAUAGUUGGACUUGAGUACUGGAAACGGGAAGCACAAUGCCUGCACUUUAAAGGAGGGGUUUGGGAUUUUGGCAGUUUGGAAGGAUUUGUUAUAUAUAUUUUAUAUAUGCUUCUAAACUGUUCUAUCUGGGUGCCUCUGCAAAGACAGUAUGUAUGAGUGAGAUGAAAAUGUUGAAUAAUGAUGAAAGUAUUUUGUUUUUGGGGAUUUUCUUUCUUUUUGCGUCACCCUGCCUAGGUGGGAGACGGCUGACUUGUUGAAAUAGGAGUUAGGAGUGGUUAUAGCAGAUGUCAGCCUGUCCAGAAACCAAUUUUGAGCCAUGUGUAGAAGAAGGAUUAAGUUGUCUCCCAAGAAAUCCCAAACAUUGACUAAGGAACAGGAGUGAUGAAGCCGCUUUCACAGUGACUUGUAACUGUGGCGGGUCGUUUACAGAUGCUUAACUAGCAACCCCUUGGACUCGUGCCACACUUGUGGUACCAGAGAACACUAUGAAUUUCUAAUAAUUUGGGCCUGUUUUAGUGCUAAAAGUGUUGAGUUGGUUGUGCUGCACAAAAACCAACAUGUGGACCAAUACAACUACCUAGAACUGCUCUCAUCAUUUACCCAAAUCUUUCACUCAUUUACUCAAAUUUUUCAGACAAUUUUCCUUGUCAUACUGCUAAAUCGGUUGUUCAUUGGCUUCGUUACUGUGAAGUACCCUUCUUCGAUUACUGGCAAGAAAAUUUCCCAGACUUGAACCCCAUUAAGGCCAUCAGCUCACUCCCAUGGCUGGAGGUCGCCUUCCACCAGUAGUGGUAGAAUUUACCCCCAAGAAACCCUCAAGAAUUUAUGUGAUUUACUUCCUAGAUGAUUGAAGGAUGCCCUAAUGGGCAAGAACACUCUACAAAAUACUAUAUCAUUGGUCUCGGCUCAACUGUUUGGGUAGCCUACCAUCUCCUCACACUUGGAAAAAAUCUAGGACCAGGCAGUUCCACAGAGAGCAUCAUGGGUAACUGUACCUCAUGCCACCACCCUACCAGGAAGAUCCUGUAUCUUAUUUGUUCCAAACUUAUUAAAAUUUUGACACUAACUGUGGAAUUCAGCCGAAAACACACCAUGUAGAUUUAAUCUAAGAACAUUUCCAGGUUUUCGGAAGUAUCACACCUUAAAAAGGUGUGAAACUAGCAGGAAAAUCCUUAUUUGUUCCAGUGGAAUUCAGCCAAAAAGCACAUUAUGUGUCUUUACCCAUGGAUAACCCAAUGAAGUCAAACACUAGCUUAUUUUCAAGUUCUGAGCAUUAUAAUACCUUGAAACAAUUGUAAUACAAGAUUUUAUUGUACAUAGUGUCAGAAGACAAACCAAUCAAGAAAUAAUUGCAACAAUUAUUUACAGUGGAACCUCGGUAAUCGAACAGCUCCCUACUCUAACAAUUCAGUAUUCGAAUGCUUUGUUCAGUAAAAAAAAUCACUCAGUAGUUGACUGUUUGCUCAGCACUCAACCAAACAAACACGACCUGCCAGAACUUUGCUGUAAACUAUUUCGUCACCAUGGGGCAUAUGAAGAUUAGUGAUAACAGCCAACCAAAAUGAAAAUUGGUUGGGAAAAAUUUGUCCAGUACUCUAACAGACUGGCACUCAAACAGCCUUCUGGAACGAAUUAAGUGUGAGUACCGAGGUUCCACUGUAUACUAACUUAUGAUGAAUUUUGCAACUGGUGCUAUGGAGUGCUAUGCAUCUCCAUGUGUUUUCGUUUUAAGUACCAAAGCACCUUGAAACAUGCUUAAUAUCCUUAUAUAAUCAUGUAUAUAGUUACACGAUGAAAACACUUUAAUAAACUAUCAUAUUUAUUUUUAGUACAACAGGCUCUCAAACCAAGAAAAAUAAUUUUGAAAAUUUUACCACACAUGUGCGUUUUUAUUUCUGAGUAUGCCACACACACACACGCACACAUGCACACACACACACACACACACACACACACACACACACACUCACACACACUCACACACACUCACUCACACACACUCACACUCACUCACACUCAUUCUCCCAUUCUCACUCUCUCAUUCUCUCACUCUUAAUUUCAAAAACCUAAAUUGUACAUGCAGAUAUAGCAAAAA